AUGAGGAUCCAGUUUGGAGUUUUGUUUUUUUUUACCCUGUGGGUGGUCUACUGUGAUGCUUGGUUCUGGUCUAGUAGUGGGACUGCUACCACUACUUUGGCUCCAUCAGUGGAACAUGAGGGGUCUGGUAGUGCAGGUAGUGGAGAACUGCCAUCAGACAAUAUUGGAGCUGAGAUCAUUGAUGAAGGACAUGGGCCCCAUAAAGCUGCACAGACUUGGGAUGGGCCUACUGACGCUCCUCGACUGACCGCUCCAGUACCUACAAGGCAACUACAGAAUCAACGUACAUCAGAAAGGGGCAGAGCAGAGAUUCGGUCUCACACACGUAAACCUGGUAAUAGCACAUCUUCAUUAGAGGAAGAGAGUGGAGUCUCCCUGCUGCAGCUCAUUGGGGAACCUCCUCCAAAUGAGAUCACCCGAAUCAACGGACCAGACAACAGCCCCGCCUACGUCUUCGGCCCCGAUGCCAACACGGGCCAGCUGGCUCGCGCCCACCUGCCGAGCCCAUUCUACCGAGACUUUGCCCUCAUCUUCAACCUGAAACCCACCUCAAAUAAGGGAGGUGUCAUCUUCUCUGUCACAGAUGCGGCACAGCAGAUCAUGUAUGUGGGUGUUAAACUGUCAGCCGUACAGGGCGGCAACCAGAAUGUCAUCUUGUACUACACAGAGCCCGACUCGCAGCAGUCGUACGAGGGGGCCAGGUUCCUCGUGCCCUCGUUGAAGGAUACCUGGACUCGUUUUGCCAUCGCUGUGAGGGACGACAAGGUGAUGUUCUACCUCAACUGCGACACAGACCCUCAGGUGGUGCGUAUAGAGAGGUCGCCGGAUGAGAUGGAGCUGGAGGCCGGCGCUGGGGUCUUUGUCGGGCAAGCUGGAGGGGCCGAUCCUGAGAAGUUCCUGGGUGUGAUCGGUGAGCUGAGGGUGGUGGGAGACCCUCGUGCUGCUGAGAGGCAUUGCGAAGAAGAUGAAGAUGACUCCGAUAUGGCUUCAGGAGACGGAAGUGGCUACGGAGAAACCAGACCAGACACGAGGAAACCUACGUGGACGACUACUCCUGCAUCUUCCCGGCCCAUUCAGCAGCCACCGGUGUCCAGGAAAGAGGAAGUGUCAGUUACAAGAGAGACAGGGCCAAUUGGGGCUAGAGGAGAAAAAGGUGACCGAGGGGAUAGAGGAGAGAAAGGAGAUAGAGGGCCAAUUGGGGCAAAGGGAGAUGCAGGUUCAGGCUCUGGCUCCAGUUCACGGGGUGGAGCCCGUGGAGAGAAGGGAGAACCAGGGGAAACAGGAACAAAGGGCAAUGCAGGCUUUGGCUACCAAGGAACGAAAGGAGAACCCGGCGUUCCUGGGCCCCCUGGUCCCCCUGGGCCCCCUGGUACUACGUCCGAUAUUUCAACUGGCAGUGACGGCACAGUUGUUUCGAGAAUCCCUGGCCCCCGAGGACCACCUGGACCACCAGGUGUCUCAGGCCCAGCAGGUUCACCAGGAGCUGAUGGAGAGCCAGGUGAUCCUGGUGAGGAUGGAAAAACUGGUGCUCAAGGACCUCCAGGCUUCCCAGGAACUCCAGGUGACCCUGGACUCAAAGGAGAUAAGGGAGACCGUGGAGAGGGACAACCUGGCCCCAGGGGGCUCCCAGGUCCUCCUGGACCCCCAGGACCUGGACUCAGAUCUACUUUUGUGGACAUGGAAGGCUCAGGGUUCCCCACUUCAGAGUCUAGUCGGGGACUGCCAGGUCCCCCAGGUCCCCCUGGUCCUCCCGGUCCUCCCGGUCCCACUACAACAGGUACAGCAUUGAGUUCUGGGGCAUUUGGACCACCAGGAAAGGACGGGGCACCAGGUCAACCAGGUUUGCCUGGUAUGCCAGGUACUGAUGGCAGCCCAGGACGUUCUGGUCCCAAAGGAGAAAAGGGUGAUUCAGGCGAGCUGGGUCUUCCAGGAACAAUUGGAGAGAAGGGGGCUAGAGGAGAUCCUGGUUUACCGGGAUCAGCAGGAGACCCUGGACUGGCUGGUCUGCCUGGACCACUGGGACCAGUUGGGCCACCUGGGCCUCCUGGACCUCCUGGACCAAGCUAUCGUGUUGGAUUUGAUGACAUGGAGGGCUCUGGAGGAUUUUUGUCUAAUGGACUUCCUGGUGUCAGAGGACCAGAAGGAAGUCAGGGUCCUCCUGGCUUGCCCGGACUUCCAGGUAAACCUGGUUUGCAAGGUAUGCCAGGUCUAAAGGGCAUGGAGGGUACUGUGGGAAGAGAUGGGCAACCAGGAUUGGAUGGCUUCCCUGGACCUCAGGGGCCAAAAGGUGACACAGGCGACAAAGGAGAGACGGGUGAACCAGGCCGUGAUGGAGUCGGCCUCCAAGGCCCGCCAGGUCCACCUGGACCGCCAGGAAAAGUCAUCUACCAACCUGACAAUUUUGAUGGUGUUUCUGGCAGAGUUGGGGCUCAGGGAGGACCUGGUUUACCUGGUCAAGCUGGAUUCCCUGGUCCGAUUGGACCAAAGGGUGACCGAGGAGACCCAGGCCCAGCAGGUUAUGGACUGAAGGGUGAGAAGGGUGAACCAGGCUUAAUAAUUGGUCCUGAUGGAAAUCCUCUGUAUCUGGAUGGGGCAACGGGUGUGAAGGGAGAUAGAGGACCUUCUGGACCAGCUGGACCCCCUGGCCCGUAUGGACCUACUGGAUUAAAGGGUGAAAUUGGAAUGCCUGGAAGACCUGGUCGUCCCGGAGUAAAUGGAUACAAGGGUGAAAAAGGAGAGCCAUCAGGAGGUGCUGGCUUUGGCUUCCCAGGAGUCCCCGGCCCUCCCGGACCUCCUGGACCUCCUGGACCAGCCUUUCCCAUUAAUCGCUUCAAUGGCUAUGAUGAUACUUCGAGGAAUUAUCCAGGAAAUAAAGGGGAGAAAGGAGAUAUUGGACCUCCAGGGAUCCCAGGAUUGAGCCCAUUUAAUGAUAUUUACACAUUGAAGAAUGAAUUGAAAGGAGAGCAAGGAGGCCCAGGAGUGAAGGGAGAAAAGGGAGAGCCUGGUGGUGGAUAUUAUGACCCGCGGUAUGGCCCAUCAGGGUCUCCUGGCAAACCAGGCCUACCGGGACCAAAGGGAGAUUCUAUAAUGGGCCCUCCUGGACCACAAGGACCACCAGGACAACCAGGGAUUGGUCAUGAUGGGCGUCAAGGCCCUCCAGGUCCACCUGGACCACCAGGUGUGCCAGGGUCUUACUCUCAAGCCGGAGGAUACAGGCCUAAUCACCCUGUCAGUCUACCAGGACCUCCCGGUCCUCCUGGACCCCCUGGACAUCCAGGUUCAUCAUCUGGGGUCACAGUUUUGAGGACAUAUGACACCAUGAUUGCUACUGCCAGACGCCAAGAGGAGGGCAGUCUCAUCUACGUCAUAGACAGGGCAGACCUGUAUUUAAGAGUCCGCGACGGACUGCGACAAGUCAUGCUUGGAGAGUACAGUCCCUUCUUCAGAGAUCUGGAGAAUGAGGUUGCAGAGGUCCAGCCUCCACCUGUCAUCGUUGCCCAUAACGGGGCUGGCCAUUACUCCAAGGAAGUUUCUGCUGCACGACCCAUCCAGCCUCCACCACAACCACCUGUAGAACCCAGAUACCCCCCACAGUAUGAUCCCAGGUUCCCAGAUCCCAGACACACGGGUCACACAGAUGGAAGAACAGCCACCCACAAUGAUAACAGAUACGCUGUCACUCCCCAGCGACGCCCCAACCCACCUGUGGUGCAGCCUGCAGUGCAUGUGGACUCAUCUGCAUCAGGACUACAUCUCAUCGCCCUGAACGCCCCUCAAACUGGUAACAUGCGAGGAAUUCGUGGGGCAGACUUCCUGUGCUUCCAGCAGGCCCGUGCCAUUGGUCUGAAAGGCACCUUCAGAGCUUACCUGUCCUCCAAGCUUCAAGACCUCUACACCGUCGUCCGCAGGUCGGACAGGGACAGCAUCCCCAUUGUGAAUCUCAAGGAUCAAGUGCUGUUUAGCAGUUGGGAGUCCAUCUUCAGUGACGACGCAAGCAAAAUGAGAGAGAAUGUACCACUUUACUCCUUUGAUGGCAGAGAUAUCCUCAGGGACAGUGCAUGGCCAGAGAAAAUGAUCUGGCAUGGAUCAAGCAAGAAAGGCCACCGGCAAACAGACCACUACUGCGAAACAUGGCGGGCAGGCGACCGCGCUGUGACGGGUCUGGCAUCAUCACUACAGAGUGGCCACCUCCUGCAGCAAAGCUCCUCUAGCUGCUCCAGCUCCUACAUCGUCCUCUGCAUCGAGAACGCCUUGACAACAUCCUCCAAAAAAUAAAUGCCGUCCAUCCUCCUUUUUUAUUUUUUUUAUUUUUGUGUUUUGGGCCCCAGUUAAACACAGUUUUUUUAUGUCCAAGCAGACAUGUUUUUCUAAUUCCUUGAUAACAUGCCUUGUGAACAUGUGGCGUCCAAUGAACUGGCCCUGAGGCUCUUUGCCUGGCAGAGACGCUUUGCAUCGUCUGCUCCUCCCCUCCCCAAACGCCAAAGAGAUGGGUCGGACAGAGGGAUCCUUUUUCUCUGGAGCAUUGGCACAUAUUUUCUUCAAGGGGUGGAACAA